AUGCCCGCCACAACAGCAGAAACGCUGAGCAUAGUCAACCGAACCGUUUCCGUCGCGCCUCUCGUCCUCCUCUCAGCAGCAGAUCACUACGGCAGAUCAGCGAAGGGCACACGGAAACGAGUAGUGGGUGUGCUACUGGGGCAGAACGAUGGCAAGAGUGUGCGCGUGUCCAAUAGCUUCGCAGUACCAUUCGAGGAAGACGAGAAGGACCCGUCGGUAUGGUUCCUGGACCACAACUACAUCGAGUCGAUGAACGACAUGUUCAAGAAGGUCAACGCGCGAGAGAAGCUGAUAGGAUGGUACCAUUCUGGGCCGAAGCUGAAGGCGAGCGAUCUGGAGAUCAACGAGCUGUUCAAGAGAUAUACCCCGAACCCACUACUUGUGAUUGUGGACGUGCAGCCGAAGGAUGUGGGCGUGCCGACGGAUGCUUACUUUGCUGUGGAUGAGAUCAAGGACGACGGCACAACUACAUCGAGAACGUUCGUACACACACCCAGCACGAUUGAGGCGGAGGAGGCAGAAGAGAUUGGUGUAGAGCACCUGCUACGAGACAUCCGAGACGUGGCGGUCGGCACACUCAGCACGCGCAUCACAUCCCAGCUACAGUCGCUCCAAGGCCUGCACCUGCGGUUACAAGACAUUGGCCGGUACUUGCAGAAAGUGCUCGACGGUGAUCUACCAGUCAACCACGCCAUUCUCGGUAACCUGCAAGACGUGUUCAACCUGCUGCCCAACCUCUCAACACCCAAAGCUGAAGCAAAGGACCUGCCUUCUGUGAACGGUGUCGUGAAUGGGUCGGUGGGCGUGACCGGAGGCUCGUCAGAGAACUCAGAGCUCGCGCGAGCAAUGAGCAUCAAGACCAACGACCAGUUGAUGGCGAUCUAUCUAUCGAGCUUGAUAAGAGCUAUCACGGCUUUCCAUGACCUGAUCGAGAACAAGAUCCAGAACAAGCGGACGCAGGAGGAUGAGGAGUCGAAGAAGGAAGAGGACAAGAAGCAAGGCGAGAUCAAGAAGGACGAGAAUCUGAUGCUGAACGGCACGAAUGAGAAGGCGGACAAGGAGAGCAAGGAUGAGGGUCCGAAGAAGGAGGAGAAGGGCAAGAAGAAGGGCUGA